GGAGUGGGUGCAGCAAUACCCUCCUCUCCUGCAUUUGAGGGGUCAAUCCCGAGGAGGGUUCUACACGGAGUCCCACGGCUCCCCGGGAGUGGGAAUGUCCCUCCCCGCCUCAUGUCCCAUCCCCAGCCAAGCUUCUUGGGAUGGUUCAUCUCCCAAGUAAACCACUGGCACACAAACCCUGUCUCAGAGCUGCUUUAGCAGGAUCCCGACCCCAGUGUUUCCCAAGCUCCGCCUGACACACAGGUCAGCGUUCUUUCAGAGCAUUUUCCACUAAAAAGCAGUGCACGCGCUCUGUGGGGUGGUUUCCGCACUGCACCCACCCCUUGGCAUCCCCCAUCCCUGCGCAGAGCAGCCCGUCCCUCCGUACUCUUUUAUCUGCAAGGCCUGCCAGUGAUAAGAAUGUUCCAUGUCAUCUUCCUGUCCCUGACCUUUGAAGAACUCUGUCCACUCAGGGCCUGUGACGGUGACUCAGACCGAGAUGUUCCUUUCUGUGGAUGAAAGUAGCAGGAACAGAGAGGGGCCCGGGGCUGCUGCUCCUCCCUCCCCCUCCCCAGCAGUCACCGAGCACCCGGCUCUCCAGCAGGAAGGCCUAGUUGUUGACGCCCAGGAGUGGACAAAGCCGUGGCCAGGAGCAGCUGUUCUGCUGAAAUGUCACCGCUGCUGCUGCUGCCACCUCUGCCUGGGGCUGAGAAUCCAGGGACUGGCCUCUGGAACUCCCCUGCUGGAGGACAAACACCUCUGCCGCUGAACUUGCCAGGCUUGGUGCCUCUGCUUGCUCUUGCUUCCCGGGCUCAGCAGGAUGAACCCAGGAGCAGAAGGAGUGGCAGAACAGGCUCAGCCCAGCGGGGCAGUCACCCUGCAGUGGCACACACGUCCGUGGGAGUCCACAUGCACCACGAGGGUUCAGCGCUGCUGCAUGCUGGUUUAUUUGAUGCGAAGAGAACACUCUGGAAUGCCAGCCGGGGACGCGGAUCCAAGGUUGCCCAAGUGUUCUCCAAUACAACUCAUGAGGGUUUCAAUGUCACCCUCCACACCACCCUGGGUGUCACGACCAAACUGGUGCUCCCGACCCCUGCCAAGCCCAUCCUCCCUGUGCAGACGGGCGAGCAGGCCCAGCAGGAGGAGCAGUCAAGUGGCAUGACCAUUUUCUUCAGCCUCCUUGUCUUAGCUAUCUGCAUCAUAUUGGUGCAUUUACUGAUCCGAUACAGAUUGCAUUUCUUACCAGAGAGCGUUGCUGUUGUUUCUCUAGGUAUCCUCAUGGGAGCAGUUAUAAAAAUUAUAGAGUUUAAAAAACUGGCAAAUUGGAAGGAAGAAGAAAUGUUUCGACCUAAUAUGUUUUUCCUCCUCCUGCUGCCGCCUAUCAUCUUUGAGUCUGGAUACUCCUUGCACAAGGGUAACUUCUUUCAGAAUAUUGGUUCCAUCACUCUGUUUGCUGUUUUUGGUACAGCGAUCUCUGCUUUUGUAGUAGGUGGAGGAAUCUAUUUUCUGGGUCAGGCUGACGUCAUCUCUAAACUCAACAUGACAGACAGUUUCGCAUUUGGCUCCCUAAUAUCUGCUGUUGACCCCGUGGCCACUAUUGCUAUUUUCAAUGCUCUGCAUGUGGACCCCGUGCUCAACAUGCUGGUGUUUGGAGAAAGUAUUCUCAACGAUGCCGUCUCCAUUGUCUUGACCAACACAGCUGAAGGUUUAACAAGAAAGAAUACGUCAGAUGUCAGUGGGUGGCAAACAUUUUUACAAGCCCUUGGCUACUUCCUCAAAAUGUUCUUUGGCUCUGCGGCACUCGGCACCCUCACUGGCUUGAUUUCUGCAUUAGUGCUAAAGCAUAUUGACUUGAGGAAAACGCCUUCCUUGGAGUUUGGCAUGAUGAUCAUUUUUGCCUAUCUGCCUUAUGGGCUUGCAGAAGGAAUCUCACUCUCAGGCAUCAUGGCCAUCCUGUUCUCGGGCAUCGUGAUGUCGCACUACACGCACCAUAACCUCUCCCCGGUCACCCAGAUCCUCAUGCAGCAAACCCUCCGGACCGUGGCCUUCUUGUGCGAAACAUGUGUGUUUGCAUUUCUUGGCCUGUCCAUUUUUAGUUUCCCUCACAAGUUUGAAAUUUCCUUUGUCAUCUGGUGCAUAGUGCUCGUGCUGUUCGGCAGAGCCGUCAACAUUUUCCCGCUUUCCUACCUCCUGAACUUCUUCCGCGAUCACAAGAUCACCCCGAAGAUGAUGUUCAUCAUGUGGUUUAGCGGCCUGCGGGGGGCCAUCCCUUACGCCCUGAGCCUGCACCUGGACCUGGAGCCCAUGGAGAAGCGGCAGCUGAUCGGCACCACCACCAUCGUCAUCGUGCUCUUCACCAUCCUGCUGCUGGGCGGCAGCACCAUGCCCCUCAUCCGCCUCAUGGACAUCGAGGACGCCAAGGCGCGCCGCAGGAGCAAGAAGGACGUCAACCUCAGCAAGACGGAGAAGAUGGGCAACACCAUCGAGUCCGAGCACCUGUCGGAGCUCACCGAGGAGGAGUACGAGGCCCACUACAUCCGGCGGCAGGACCUCAAGGGCUUCAUGUGGCUGGACGCCAAGUACCUGAACCCCUUCUUCACACGGAGGCUGACACAAGAGGACCUCCAUCAUGGGCGCAUCCAGAUGAAGAGCCUCACCAACAAGUGGUAUGAGGAGGUGCGCCAGGGCCCGUCGGGCUCCGAGGACGACGAGCAGGAGCUGUUCUGACCGAGCUGGGUGCCGCGCCUUCUGGCAGACAGGGCCCAGGCCUUGCCACCCACAGACACCGAGCGUGGCCCUGGAAGUACUUGCACUUGGCAGCCUCUUCAGGGUGUCAGAAGGAGAGUGACGUGAGGCUGCGGAAUCUUCUUAGCCCGCAGUUUUCCAGGCCUUUGGAAACUCUCAUCUCCCCACUCCUCACUGAGCAGGGCCUCCAUAGAGUGGAGUGGCCGCUGUCACAGGUAGUGCCCCCUCCUGCUUCGGCAGCCCCUGUGCAGCCCCUAAGAGAGCGGUUCGGCCUGGACAGGGAAGCCCGAGCCAGGGCCUGCAGGGAGCGCUGAGCCUGGAGCCUGGGGGUCAGGGUCUGACCCUCGUGCAGGCUCAGAAAGCCAGAAACCUCAACCCCCUGAGAAGGAAAAGCUGAGCGACCCUUUUUCUUUACCUCUGAUUGGCACCUCACCGCCUGUCUUCCCGGGGCAGGCAGCUGCUGCCCUGCUCGGGGCGUAUCGUGAAUGUUUACACUGGUGCCCACCUUGAGGCUGGGCCCUUCUUAGAGCCUGGUUGGAAGCUGCAGCCCUGGGUCUCAGGCUGGGGCAUUGGGCUCUUUUGUGGGGUCAGAGCGCCCCCUAGAGAGAAGCUGGAAAAUGGUGUCUGCAGCCAGCCAUGGCUGCCUUGAUUCUGUUUCAGUUCAUGCACUUUUACCAAGUCCAGGAGUCUGGUAGCCUCCUGCCUCGGCCGGCAUCCCAUCUCCCUCGCUGGGUCCUGCUGCUCCGUUGUUCUCGUUCAUCCAGCCGAGGUCCUUUGCCAGCUGUAUGUCCACCUGCCAUUACCUGCUGCCACCUUCACUGCUGUUUAGGGUUCUGUUCUCUUCAGUUCCCUACCAUCUUGGUUUCUGCCCGUCUCCCAUGCUGGGGUGCCAGCUCCCCACCCAGAGGUACCAUCUCGGGCCCUGCCUCCCCUGCCGCCUCAAGCUGCCAGUCGUUUGCGUGUGACCCACACCCCGUUCCCACCCACCUUUUGUGUAACUGCUCCACUACGCCCAUCCACAGGCGUGGACAACGUUCCCCUAUGGCUCUGGGUCCCAGCUGGAGUCGAGAGCAGAACCCUCAGGUGAUUCAGUUCAUCACGUGCAUGUCCUUGGCUCUCAGUGGGACACUGUGGGCCCACGGUCUUUAUGGGCCAGCAUGCCUUGGAGUGGUAGAAGGUGUAUUUCUCUGUCUUAUGCCCCAGGCAGGGUGACUCUGGAGUCAGGAAGGACCGACCGCAGACCCCCUAGGAUUCUUGCCAGGCCCAGCCCUCACUGCUCACCUUGCCUAGAACUUGUCGCCAUCAGGCAGGAAGCCACGCUUGCUUUUAUGCAUGAGAAGUGAGUUUGUGCUUGAUAGAGCUACAGCGUGGUCUUUUCCUUCCUAGAGUCCCACACCUUGACCCCAUAGUUCAAGCCAUCCCAUUGCCUUGCAUAAUUUUGUUUUCCACCAUUUCUUUGCUGUGGAAGAAGAGGUCAGAGAAGAAGGGGACCUUCACCCUUGCUUGAGAAUAGGCAGGGAGCUGAGACCAGAUUGAUCUCUUAGCCCAGCUCAGAGCUAAUUUCUCUUCUCCCCUGAAAUCCAGGGUCUGAUAUCAGAGAUGAAGGUUGUUUGGUUGUUUUGCAAGCUCAGUAACUUGCCAAGAUUUUCUUUUUUUAAUCUUAAUUUAUAGAUGAAGCAAUGAGACAGAAGGAGUCUUCUUGGUUCAGACUAUUGUCAUCAGGUCCAGUGGCCCAGCCACAUCAUGCCUUGUCCUCCCACUUUUUGCUGAGACCUGAGAAUGUCAUGGUGGGGAGCAUCUGUGGGGUUUGGUAGAAAGGCCACCAGGCUUUGCUGGUGGGGAGGGUGAGACCUUUCCUGGGCGCUACCAGCACUAGCCUGGGUCUCCUGUGAGUCUCCUCUGCCCCCUGCUGGUAAGUGAGGGUUUAGCAGCCUGGAAGAGCAACCCGAGAGGUGAGGGUGACCGGCUUCGAUUUGUAGUAAGCAGAAGGCCCUGCAGGUGUGUUUUUCAGGUGGAGUAUCACUUCAGGCGGUAAAUAAACGUAGAAGAUAUAAAAGGAUCCAGUUUUGCUAUACCUUCCCGCCUGCUUCAGAUCUAGCCAAGAGACAGGACAGCUGUGGCUCAGAAGGUAUUGCUUUAGAGUGAGGUAAGAGCCAUGAGUGCCCCUGGGAAUGCUGGCCCUGUAGCCAGUAAACCAAGAUGUGCCACAGCAGGCCUGUGCCCCCGACACCCCACUUCCUGGGAUAAAUCGUACACUCAGUGCCACCUGUGGUUGUAGGGCCUCUUGGAACAACCACACCCUGCAACUUGAGAUUGGAGUCCUCAGGAGCUUUUCCUGAGUCCCCAGAGGUCAAGUCAGCUGUGGGCUGGACCAGGCUGGGGACGGCUCAGCCCAUUGGUGCCCAGCCUCUCAGCCCAGGAGCAGAGCCGAAGCCCUCCAGUCCUCAGCCCAAGCCACCGGCCCUCUCACAGUGGGGCUGUAGCAGGGCCCUGCCUGGCCCAGAACGUGGCAGCCCCAGUCAGUGCAGACGUCCUCUUUUGCCGUAUAUGCCUUUGUGUGCGGUGGAUGCCAAAACAGGCAAGUGGGGGCCUCCUUGACACUGGCCAGAUAUCCCUAUCCCUCAGCAAGACCUGGCCUCCUGAGUCUUGGUCCCUGUUUCCAUGGACCCACACCCCGGCAGAGCUCUCAGCAGGGUAGCUGUUACCAGGACCUCACUAGCUUCGCAGUCCAGGGACUGGCAAAGCCCAGGUAGAGAGUUGCCCCUGAUUCCAGCUGGAAGAUCUCACAGCUCUCUGCUGUAGGGUAGGAUUUUAAAAUACAAAAUAGGGUCCCCUCCCCAUUCCCUCCAAAAUGCAGCCAUGUGUUUCCCCUGCUGGUUGGAGCGUCAGAAGCUCAAUCUGAGAUGUUCCCAACACUGCAGCCAGAGUCAUUAGGGUGUCCUCCCAGGACCCCACCUCCAGGGCCCAGGCCUAAGUACAGGCUCCCAGAGAAUAAGGAGCUAGCUCCUUGCCGGUUCCUGCCGUUUCUCAAAUGCAUAUUCAUGGGCCACAAAGGAAGGACUUUCUAACAUGGCCUGCCCCGUCCCAUUUCCCCACCAUCCCAGGGCCCUUACCCACGGUGUGGACUCUCAGCUCUGCAGGCAAGAGGCUGCUGGGAGCCCCUUGGGGCUGUGGGACUGGAAGGAAAAAUGUGUUUGGUGGCCAGAGGAAAGAAGCCACUUGCACAUGACAAGGGAGGGAUGGUUGGGAGGCCCCAGCUUCCACCAGAGGCUCCAGUGCCCUCCGCUGCAGUUCCCACAAGGCCAGAUCUAUUCUCACAGCCAAUAGGAGUCUUGUAUUUUUUUUCAUAUUUUCUCUAAAAAUUAAGGUGUGUGUAAUUAAGUUUGGGUUUUUUAUUGUUGUUUAUUUUUUCUUUAAGGACCCCAGGGAGGAAAAAACAAUUAAACAGGGAACACUGGGGCCAGGCAUUGGGGGCCCUGGCUGCAGGGGAUGGUGGCUGCAUUGGGUGGGGCGGCUGUGCUGCUGGGCCCCUGCUUGUCUCCCUGGACUGAGGAUUCAGGAUCGGAAAAGUCAUGUCACUGGAUAUUUAUUUAGAAAUAAAAAUGCUGCCGAAUCCGAA